CCUGCUAGGGUUUUGUUUUAGGCUCGGCCAUGCCGGCGGUGCUGGGUUUCGAAGGCAGCGCCAACAAGAUUGGCGUGGGAGUGGUGCGGGAUGGCACGGUGUUGGCGAACCCGCGGCGAACUUACGUCACUCCUCCCGGCACAGGAUUCCUUCCGGGUGAUACUGCCCGGCAUCACCGAGCUGUUAUUCUGGACCUCCUUCAAGAGGCACUAACAGAGGCUGGAUUAACCUCCCAGGAUAUUGAUUGUAUUGCCUAUACCAAAGGCCCUGGCAUGGGUGCCCCACUGGUUGCUGUGGCUGUAGUUGCCCGUACCUUGGCCCAGCUAUGGAAUAAACCAUUGCUGGGUGUGAACCACUGUAUAGGCCACAUUGAGAUGGGUCGCCUCAUCACUGGAGCCACCAGCCCAACUGUGCUCUAUGUCAGCGGAGGGAAUACUCAGGUGAUUGCGUACUCAGAACAUCGUUACCGCAUCUUUGGGGAAACCAUUGAUAUUGCUGUGGGUAAUUGUCUGGAUCGCUUUGCUCGAGUGCUGAAGAUUUCUAAUGACCCAAGUCCAGGUUACAACAUUGAACAGAUGGCAAAGCGAGGCAAGAAGCUGGUUGAGCUGCCAUACACUGUGAAGGGGAUGGAUGUCUCAUUCUCAGGUAUCCUGUCUUUCAUUGAGGAUGCAGCCCAGCGGAUGCUGGCCACAGGGGAGUGUACUCCUGAGGAUCUGUGUUUCUCUUUGCAGGAAACUGUGUUUGCAAUGCUGGUAGAGAUCACAGAGAGAGCCAUGGCACAUUGUGGCUCCCAGGAGGCCCUCAUCGUGGGAGGUGUGGGAUGUAAUGUGAGGCUACAGGAGAUGAUGGAAACAAUGUGUCAGGAACGGGGAGCCCGGCUUUUUGCCACAGAUGAGAGAUUCUGUAUUGACAAUGGAGCCAUGAUAGCCCACGCUGGCUGGGAGAUGUUCCGAGCUGGACACAGGACCCCUCUCAGUGAUUCUGGAGUCACACAAAGGUAUCGAACAGAUGAAGUAGAAGUGACCUGGAGGGACUAA